UGCUCGUCCUCCUCAUCGCCACUCCUGCUAGGGUUGGGCUCUUCUCCCCUGCAAUCGCCGCCACUCCCCCACCCCACCUCCUCCAUCUGUACCACCGACCGCCACCCUCAUCCUCUCCCCCUACCGACUUUACCAUCUCCACGCCACCCUUCGCCGCCUACCCCAUCGCGCACCGCCACCGACUUCCCCAUCUCACCCGCAACCGCCGCCCCUCUCCACCCCCCCCCCCCCCCCCCAUGCUGGAUCUCGUCGCCCUUGACGGUUCUGGGAGUUCGUCGCCGGCCACUACUACCUCACAGGACCUGACCUCGUCGACCCGCAAGAAAGGUAGAGCAACUCUAUCAAUCUGCAGGUAGAGCAACUCUAUCCAGGUUCCAGAUGAUCUAACUCGCCGAGACGCCCACGAUCUGCUCGACGCAAUGCCUCCGGUGUUCCGCGGCGGGGUCGGGCCGAGGCGCUGCUUCGCGCGAGACCCAGCGAAGAGGACGGCCAUGCCAGCAGAGGCCCCAGGGCGCGACAGGCUAAGCGCGCUCCCCGACGACCUGCUGCAGCACGUCCUGGGCUUCCUGGACACGCGGCUGGCCGUGGGUCCCUUAAGCCUCCUGUCGCGCCGGUGGCGGCACCUCUGGGCGUCCAUGCCCCGCCUCAACCUGGACGCAUCCGUCCCCGAGAGGUUCGGGUCUGUGCUGUUCCUCCUGCGCGACGACGCCAAGCUGCACACGUUCACCCUUCGCUGCUCCAGAACGAACAACCAGGCGUUCGUGUACCAGCACUGGUGGCUGCGCCAUGCCGUGAGCAAGGGCAUCCGCGUGCUCCACAUCGCCGCCGACGGCGCCUACCGUUUCGAUCUGCCUGACUGCGUCUUCAACUGCGCGACACUCGAGGAGAUCGUCCUGUCUCUGACGAUCCCGGAGGAAAUCGCGCCCAAGUCUGUCUGCCUGCCACGACUGAAGAAACUCCGGCUUGUCAACGUGCGUCUGCCCGAUUCAUCUGUGGUGGAGAGUCUCAAAUCCGGGCUUGAAGAACUGGAUUUGCACCGGUGCUCGCUGUAUCAAUUCAGGAUAUCUUCUCACACUGUGAAGACAUUGUCCGUGACCGCCUGCGCUUACGAGGAGAUACAUGUUUCUGCCCCUAAUGUAGCUUCCCUGAGGUUAACUGUUGCAGGAAGAGUUAAGCUGGAUGGCAUGCCUUCUCUGCUGACGGCUUGGGUGAAUAUUUCUGGUCAUGGAGCAAAUCACCUUGCUCCGAAUGAACAUGAUUUUCUUGGUGCUCUUUGCAGUACACAGCAUCUUGAGCUAUUUAACUUUGAUUCUCUUCUCCAGGAUAUGAUGCAGAAUCCAGCUACUGAAGAUCCAAAAUUUGGCAAAUUGAAGAGCUUGUAUCUUGGAGAAUUGGUGGUCGCUGAUUUCUACCGUCCAUUUGCUUAUUUUCUUAACCACGCUCCUAAUUUGGCCUCUCUUACUUUGGAUACAUCGAAGGUGUUUGAAGAAAAUGUUUGGAACCGGAAGGUAUCUUGUCAAGUGUCCACGCUGAAGGAACCUUAUGACAAAAUGAACCUGGCACCUGAAUCCACAGGCCUUGAGAUGCUCCGCCUCAGAAUCUCGAAAGGUCGCGACGCUGCAGAAUACAGCAAAAUGCGAAAGUUGUUGAAGGAGAAGACAAAGCCUAAAGAGAUGGAGGUCAUAUGGUUUUAGUCUGGUCAUUUCUUCUGGAGUAUGAUGAUGGCAUUUUUAGUUUUUCGUAUCAGAGACUAUAUAUGUUCUACGAUUCGUACAUUCCUACACCAUGCUACUAGCAUGGCGAUUGUUGAACCUUUGAUAUAUUGUUACGACUGGUAAGGAUGGGGAUGUAGACGUGGAAA